CCUCCUCUCCUCUUCUUAAGAAGAGGUCAACCCAAGCGGGCAUGGCUCAGGCCCAGUCGCACACAGCCCGCGCGCACAGUCGCAAGCAUCCAAAACCCGCAGCCGCAGCCCAGCCGGCGACGGCGAGCCAUAAUAUACCAAACCCAAACCAAGCACACGACACGACCCAGCCAGCAUCGCAUCACCAUAGCGUCGCGUCGCGCGCUCCUUCCCUUCCUUCGCGUCCACGACCGUCUCCUCCUCCUCCUCCUCCUCCUCCUCUCAAGCUUGCAACAGCCGGAGCUACAUCUCUACAGGCCUCGCCGGAGAUGGCGGCCACGCCGUUGCUGUCGGGGGAGGACACGACGACGCCGUUGCAUGGCGUCGUCGUGAUCGCCCUCCCGGACCACGCCGACGGCGGGGGCCGGGACGCGUCGCGCAGGAGCGAGGCGCCGGCGCCGGCGGCCCUGGGACGGGCGUGGAGGCUGCUGCGGCUGGCCACGGCGCCGCUGGUGGUGCUCGCGGCGUUCGCGGUGGCGGCGCACUGCUACGGCCUCUACUCCUUCUCCUUCUCCGGGGAGGAGGACUGGAAAUGGGGCGAGGGGCGCGCCUCCUCCUUCCUCCUGCCGCUGCACCCCAAGCCCAAGCCCGCCGCCGCCGGCGUCAAGGCCGCGGCGGCGGAGAGGGAUUCGACCACGGCCGUGCUGCCGGAGAGGCAGUACUACACUUCUGUAAACAUUGGCAAUCCUGCAAGGCCCUAUUUUCUUGAUAUUGAUACAGGGAGUGCACUCACAUGGAUCCAGUGUGAUGCUCCCUGCACAAAUUGCACAAAGGGGCCUCAUCCUUUGUAUAAGCCCGCAAAAGAAAACAUAGUUCCACCUAAGGAUUCACAUUGUCAGGAAUUGCAAGGCAACCAAAAUUACUGUGACACCUGCAAACAAUGCGACUAUGAGAUCGCGUAUGCGGACCGAAGUUCCUCUGCCGGCGUGCUUGCGAGGGACAACAUGCGACUGAUCACCGCGGACGGUGAGAGGGAAAACAUGGACUUCGUCUUCGGGUGUGCACAUGAUCAACAAGGAAAGCUUCUGGACUCACCAGCAAGUACUGAUGGGAUCCUUGGCCUCAGCAACGGGGCAAUGAGCCUCCCUACCCAGCUAGCCAAGCAAGGGAUCAUUUCCAACGUUUUCGGCCAUUGCAUCGCCACGGAUCCCAGCAGUAGUGGCUACAUGUUUCUCGGUGAUGAUUACGUUCCCAGAUGGGGAAUGACAUGGGUUCCCGUCCGCAACGGUCCAGAGGACGUGUACAGCACGAUAGUACAGAAAGUGAACUAUGGAGGUCAGGAGCUUAAUGUGCGAGAGCAGGCUGGGAAGCUGACUCAAGUGAUCUUCGACAGCGGGAGCUCAUACACUUAUUUUCCGCAUGAAAUAUACACAAGCCUGAUUGCUUCGCUCGAAGCGGUCUCUCCAGGCUUUGUACACGAUAAAUCAGAUCAAACGCUGCCUUUUUGCAUGAAGCCUAAUUUUCCAGUGAGGUCUGUGGAUGAUGUGAAGCAACUGUUCAAGCCCUUGCUCCUGCAUUUCAGCAAAGCAUGGCUUGUGAUCCCAAGAACGUUCGCAAUUUCUCCCGAGAACUACUUGAUCAUCAGCGACAAGGGCAAUGUCUGCCUAGGGGUGCUUGAUGGAACAGAGAUUGGCCACAGCUCAACAAUAGUAAUUGGAGAUGUUUCCCUCCGUGGGAAGUUAGUUGCGUAUGACAACGACGAGAAUCAGAUCGGAUGGGCUCAGUCAGACUGCAGCAGGCCACAGAAAGCAAGCAUGGUUCCGUUCUUCCUUUCGAGAGCAUUGCGCAGUCAACUUCUUUAAAUGGCACAGGCAGAUGAUCGUCCCGUGUUCGCCUGACCAUGCGCUCACCUUUUCGACGCGCAAUUCUGCGACCGAAGCUGCCAUAACCAUAUAAUGGAUGUAGUUAAACAAGGGGUAUAGGAAAACCAAAUUGGAAGAAAGGUGAAUAGAUAUAGCCAGUACCUGUAAUUUUUCUCUGCUGUAUAUAUACCAAAGAAGCAGAACUCUGCAUACCUAUGGGUAUGCUGUAGAGUAUAUCUCAUCCACUUGUAAGACUAAGUGGUGAAGCAUAUCAAUUUCAAAUGAGUAGCAGUUAUGUGA